AUGAGCAAUCUAAGAUGUCAAAAGCGGCUUGCCGCAGAUGUUCUCGGCUGUGGUGUCAAGAAGAUUUGGCUAGAUCCAAAUGAAAAUUCGACAAUUGCCUCGGCCAAUUCUCGUAAACUGAUUCGCAAGUUAUACAGGGAUAACUUGAUCAUUCGCAAGCCCGUGACUGUUCAUUCGCGUUUCCGUGCAAGGCGUCAGCUCAUUGCCCGCCGUCUUGGCCGUCAUACUGGUAUUGGUAAAAGGAAGGGUACCGCUGAUGCUCGUAUGCCCCAGAAAGUUUUGUGGAUGCGCAGAAUGCGUGUUCUCCGUCGUCUUCUGAAGCGAUACCGUGCUUCUCAUAAGAUUGACAAGCAUCUGUACCAUUACUUGUAUCAACAAUGUAAGGGUAACAUCUUCAAAAACAAGCGCAUUCUUAUUGAUCACAUUCAUAAGAAGAAGGCCGAACGUAUUCGUGCCAAGCAGUUGAAUGAUCAGGCUGAAGCUAUGCGCCAACGUAAACGUGAAGCCAAGAUUCGACGUGAGGAGCGCUUAGUUGAGCGCAGGAAGCAGCUGCUUAUGGGAGCUGUCGAUUCAGCUGCUCUUCCCAAACCAGUGGAGAAGCCAGUUGAAGAAGCUCCUAAGGUUGAAGAACCUAAGCCGGUCGUACCAGUCGUACAAAACCCGAAAUCUAAGAGUUCUAAAGAACCUAAGGUCACUAAGGAAGUUCGUAAGACUGAAUCAAAGAAGGCUGCUGAUGCCAAGCCAGAAGUCAAGGAGUCGACUCCAGCUCCUUCCAAGCCUACUGCUUCUGCCGAACCUGCUAAGAAGACUCCAGCUCCUUCCAAGCCUACUGCUUCUGCCGAACCAGCUAAGAAGGCUGCAGCUCCUAAGCCGGUGAAAACAGCUAAAACUCCGGCCCCACCACCUAAAAUCCCUACCACUGCUCCUUCCACAUCUGCUGCUGCCCCUAAGGCUAAGUCUGGAAAGAAGAAGUAA